GGCGGGCGGAUUGUAUGCAAAUGAGGUUAAAGAAAGCACGUGGUGAAAGUGUUGAAUCGGUUUGAGUUGUUGGUACGCCUGGCCGUGGCUAUCGAUCUCGAAUGUUGGCUAGGCGUUCACGACGGUAUAUAAUAUAGCAGUCGUCAUGGCGACGCUUUGCGCAACAUUACUAACCCUCUGACGUCACAGCGCCAGUCAGUCUCCCAAGAAGGGUUAAGGAUUAGCGGCGUGGUGGAGGCGCCGGGCGCAGAAAGCGCCAGCGAAGCUCAAAUCGGCAAGAAAAUAGCGAAAUUUCCGAAUUUUGGCGUCUGAUGGCCUCUAGUUAGUAGAUUUGAGUUGAAAGAGGGUGCGCGGCGCACCCUUCCUGUCUCAGCCGCGCAUCAGGAUUGACGUUGCAGCCUAGAGGAAAUGGCGAUCGCACAAGAAGUCGGAGUGGUGCUGGGGGCGCGAAGACGCGUGUGAUCUCUGCACGGAAGACAUGCGGAGUGCCGUUAGGCUCCGGCCUAGGCAUUAAACGCGAGUGUCCUUCGGGAUGUGCUGUGCGUAUCGCGCCAGCCACCAGUUCGCUUCAGUGCUCCACAACUAGCAAUAAAUGAAGACUAGUAUCCUAGAUGCUUUUUCAAGGACAUACACACAUAACAAAGAGAGUUGAUGGGUGACUGUAAGGCUCGUUCACAAUCCCUCUCGAGCUUGUAUCACACUUAUCAACUAGCACUUAAACCGCUUAUUUUGCCGUCUCUGCAGUGCUUACACUGUUGUUGUUGCCGUUUGUCGUUUGCCGUUACUGAUAUAGUGCUCAAAAUCUUGUUCGUCCUCGUGCUGUCCAUGAAACCGCCUUUCGCCAAUCUUCAAUGUUAGAAACAGUGCCAUGUGAUUAUUCUGACAAACCUCAAUGCAGGUUAGUUAUGUUUUUGGCCCCCAAAAUUGCCCAAUCUGAAUACGAGGUAUCGUGGGGGCCUAGGCGCGAGGAGACAUGUCCGUUGCCUCUGACUAUUCGUCCGAGGAGGAGCUCAGCCUAUUCCGUCCAUUCACUCGCGAGUCUCUUGCGGUCAUCGAGACGAGAAUUGCGGAAGAAUAUGCUAAGCAGAAGGAGCUCGAAAAGAAAAGAGCUGAAGGAGAGACCGGUUUUGGACGAAGGAAAAAGAAAAAAGAUAUUCGGUAUGAGGACGAGGACGAAGAUGAAGGUCCCCAGCCUGAUCCAACUCUGGAGCAGGGGCUGCCCUUGCCAGUACGUCUUCACAGUACCUUUCCUCCGGAACUGGCCAGUACACCACUUGAAGACAUCGACCCUUUUUACAGUAACCAAAGGACUUUUGUAGUGGUUAGUAAAGGCAAGGACAUUUUCCGGUUUAGCGCCACAAACGCCCUGUGGGUACUCGAUCCCUUCAAUCCGAUCCGUCGAGUGGCCAUUUACAUUCUAGUGCAUCCUUUGUUUUCUCUUUUUAUCAUUACCACAAUCCUCGUUAACUGUAUCCUUAUGAUCAUGCCCACAACACCCACCGUAGAGUCAACCGAAGUGAUAUUCACAGGCAUCUACACGUUUGAAUCAGCUGUGAAGGUGAUGGCGAGAGGUUUUAUCCUACAACCGUUCACCUACCUUAGAGAUGCAUGGAACUGGCUCGACUUCGUAGUCAUAGCUUUAGCUUAUGUCACCAUGGGUAUAGACCUUGGGAAUCUUGCUGCCUUGAGAACAUUUAGGGUACUACGAGCUCUAAAAACUGUUGCCAUUGUGCCAGGUUUGAAGACUAUCGUGGGAGCUGUAAUAGAAUCUGUAAAAAAUCUCCGAGAUGUGAUAAUUUUAACAAUGUUUUCCCUGUCAGUGUUCGCAUUGAUAGGUUUACAAAUUUAUAUGGGUGUUUUAACACAAAAAUGUAUCAAAGAAUUUCCUCUGGAUGGCUCUUGGGGGAACCUCACCCACGAAAACUGGGAGAGAUUUGUUAGCAACGAAUCCAACUGGUAUUGGGAUGACGAAAAAGGCGAAAGGCCUCUGUGUGGAAACUCCUCAGGAUCGGGAAUGUGCAAAGAGGGUUACGUUUGUUUGCAAGGUUACGGUGAUAACCCAAACUAUGGUUACACCAGCUUUGAUACUUUUGGUUGGGCAUUACUUUCCGCCUUCAGAUUAAUGACUCAGGAUUAUUGGGAGAAUUUAUACCAACUGGUUUUAAGAUCAGCCGGUCCUUGGCAUAUGCUAUUUUUUAUCGUGAUUAUAUUUUUGGGUUCGUUUUAUUUAGUUAACUUGAUCUUGGCUAUCGUCGCUAUGUCGUACGACGAGUUGCAGAAGAAAGCCCAAGAUGAGGAAGAAGCUGAAGCUAACGCUAUAAGGGAAGCCGAGCAAAAGGCAAAGGACAAGCAAGAUCGGGCGGAUGCGAGGGCAGCGGCGGCCGUGGAGGCGGCCGAGGCAGCGGCCGCUGCCGCGGCGGCGGCGGCAGCAGGGUGUGACAACGACCAGUACAUCAUAAAAUCGUCUUCGGACUACUCGUGUCACAGCUAUGAGUCGUUCGUGGGGCAACCCAACGGUCAAGACGACAACAACAAGGAGAAGAUUAGCAUACGCUCGGAAGGAUUAGAUUCCGUGAGUGAACAGAGAAGAGUUCCUACUAAUCUGAGCAAGAUGCGGAAAGUCAGCGCUGCCAGUCUCAGCCUCCCCGGCUCUCCCUUCAACCUUCGGCGAGGGUCCCGAGGUAGCCACCAGUUCACCUUGCGGAACAAUAGGCGCAUGGUGGCUCCGCCGGGCGAUCGAAAGCCCUUGGUGCUGUCGACCUACCUUGACGCCCAAGAGCACCUCCCCUACGCCGACGACUCUAACGCCGUCACCCCCAUGAGCGAGGAGAACGGCGUCAUGGUCCUGCCCAUGUACUACACCAACCUGGGAUCACGUCAUUCAUCGUACACUUCACAUGCCUCACGGAUGUCAUACACUUCUCAUGGAGAUUUGUUAGGCGGUUUGGGAAGCAAUGGCAAAAUGAUGACGAAGGAGAGCCAGCUCAGGAACCGAUCGCUGAGAAACGGACCAGCGGCCGCUCCCCUAAACCACAAGUCAACGCGAGGCGUCUACGAUGGUCCCACGGGGCACAUUUGCGAAUCAAAAGUUAAGCAAAUUGACAAUCCUUUUAUCGAUAGCAAUCAGCGACAGACAGUCGUGGACAUGAAAGAUGUUAUGGUGCUGAACGACAUCAUCGAGCAAGCUGCCGUGAGCGGAGGCAGUGACCGCGGAGUUUCUGUUUAUUAUUUCUCAGCCAAUAAUGACGACGAAGAGGAAGAGCCGACGUUCAGGGAACGCUUCCUGGCUUAUGCCAUCAAAAUCAUUGACAUGUUUUGCGUAUGGGAUUGUUGUAAAUGUUGGGUCGUUAUUCAGAAGUUUGUCGCCCUUCUUGUCUUCGACCCAUUCGUCGAGCUUUUUAUCACGCUGUGCAUUGUUGUUAACACCUUGUUUAUGGCAUUGGAUCACCACGACAUGGACAAGGAUUUGGAAAAGGCUUUGAAGAGCGGAAACUACUUUUUUACUGCGACUUUUAUGAUUGAAGCUACUUUAAAAUUGAUUGCAAUGAGUCCGAAAUACUACUUUCAAGAAGGCUGGAACAUUUUUGAUUUUAUUAUAGUGGCGUUAUCGUUGCUGGAGCUAGGACUGGAAGGCGUUCAAGGCUUAUCGGUCUUGCGUUCAUUUCGACUGUUACGAGUGUUCAAACUGGCCAAGUCGUGGCCAACUUUAAAUUUACUCAUUUCCAUAAUGGGUAGAACGAUGGGUGCUUUAGGAAACUUGACUUUUGUGCUCUGUAUUAUAAUAUUUAUUUUUGCCGUUAUGGGCAUGCAACUGUUUGGGAAAAAUUACACAGAUAACGUGGAUCGGUUUCCCGACCACGAGCUCCCCCGCUGGAACUUCACCGACUUCAUGCAUUCGUUUAUGAUAGUUUUUCGCGUUUUGUGUGGCGAAUGGAUCGAGUCCAUGUGGGACUGUAUGCUGGUGGGCGACGUCUCUUGCAUUCCGUUCUUUCUCGCAACUGUCGUGAUUGGCAAUCUUGUGGUCCUUAAUCUUUUCUUAGCCCUGCUUUUGAGUAACUUUGGAUCUUCGAGUCUGUCGGCGCCGACUGCCGACAAUGACACGAAUAAAAUAGCAGAGGCUUUUGACAGAAUCGGCCGCUUUAUCAGAUGGAUCAAAGGCAAUGUUUUACAUAUCGCAAAACUGGUCCGAUUCAAGCUCACCAACCAAAUUUCCGACCAGCCGUCAGGUGAGGGACCGUCCAACAGUUGGAACCAAGAUGUGAGAUGUGAUGGUGGUUUAGAUAUCUCCGGAGACGAAAUUUUAGCCGACGGUAUAAUUAAAAAAAGUCCUAAAGACCGACUGGAAGUAACAAUUGGCACCGGAAUGGAUCUUACCGUGCAUGGUGAUCCCAAAAGAGGCAAAAACAAUAUUAACAAAAGCAAAACAAUCGGAAAUUCAAUUCUGGAACAUGGAAUGUACAUCGGUCACCUGGACGAAGACGAAAUUAGUAACAAAUCGUACGGUAGUCACAAAAAUCGAUUUAAAGAGGAAAGUCAUAAAGGGAGUGUUGAUAUGUUAGACGACCAUGAGGAGAAACGAGAUGCUAGUAAAGAAGAAUUAGGAAUUGGUGAAGAAGAAACAGAAGACGACAGAUUUGACUUGGAAAAACCACUGACUGACAUUGUGAUUGUGGGAAACGCUGACGAUAUAAUUAUCGACGAUUACGCAGCCGACUGCUUUCCCGAUUCAUGUUACAAGAAGUUUCCGUUUCUUGCAGGCGACGAGGAUUCGCCGUUUUGGCAGGGUUGGGGGAAUUUAAGGUCGAAGACUUAUAGACUAAUAGAGAACAAAUAUUUUGAAACGGCCGUAAUCACGAUGAUUUUGUUGAGUAGCAUGGCGUUGGCGUUAGAAGACGUACAUUUGCAAAGUCGGCCGAUUUUGCAAGACAUACUGUAUUACAUGGAUCGAAUAUUCACCGUGAUAUUCUUUUUCGAGAUGUUGAUAAAGUGGUUAGCGUUAGGGUUCCAAAAAUACUUUACGAACGCUUGGUGCUGGCUAGAUUUUGUGAUUGUAAUGGUGUCUCUCAUUAAUUUUAUUGCCUCUCUUUGUGGCGCUGGCGGGAUUCAAGCAUUUAAAACUAUGCGAACGCUGCGGGCUUUGAGACCACUUCGCGCCAUGUCCCGCAUGCAAGGGAUGAGGGUUGUCGUUAAUGCAUUGGUGCAAGCGAUACCGUCUAUCUUCAAUGUACUGCUAGUGUGCUUAAUAUUUUGGUUAAUUUUUGCUAUAAUGGGUGUGCAGUUAUUCGCUGGUAAAUACUUUAAGUGCGUGGAUGCAAACAAAACCACACUAAGCUAUGAGAUUAUCCCUGAUGUUAACGCGUGUAAAGCUGAGAAUUACACGUGGGAAAACUCCCCAAUGAAUUUUGAUCAUGUGGGCAAAGCAUAUUUGUGCUUAUUUCAAGUGGCGACAUUCAAGGGGUGGAUUCAAAUUAUGAACGAUGCUAUAGAUUCUAGAGACAUCAACAAACAACCAAUAAGAGAAACAAACAUUUAUAUGUAUUUAUACUUCGUAUUUUUUAUAAUAUUUGGAUCGUUUUUUACACUUAACUUAUUCAUUGGUGUAAUCAUCGAUAAUUUUAACGAACAAAAGAAAAAGGGUGGCGAUUCAUUGGCACUGAUGAUGACAGACGCCCAGAAGAAAUAUUACAAUGCGAUGAAAAAAAUGGGCUCUAAGAAACCAAUGAAGGCGAUACCGAGGCCGAGGUGGAGACCUCAAGCUAUAGUUUUCGAAAUAGUAACAAAUAAGAAAUUUGAUAUGAUAAUCAUGUUGUUUAUUGGACUGAACAUGCUUACGAUGACAAUGGAUCACUACCAACAGAAAGAAACUUUCACGAAAGUCCUCGAUUCCCUCAACAUGAUUUUCAUUGUUAUCUUUAGUACCGAGUGCCUCAUGAAAAUUUUUGCGUUACGUUACCACUACUUUACGGAACCUUGGAACCUGUUCGAUUUAGUGGUAGUAAUAUUAUCAAUUUUGGGUUUGGUUUUGAGUGACAUCAUAGAGAAAUAUUUCGUGUCACCGACGUUGUUAAGGGUGGUUCGUGUGGCCAAAGUAGGGCGAGUUCUGCGUUUGGUGAAAGGUGCAAAGGGCAUUCGGACACUGCUGUUCGCACUAGCCAUGUCACUGCCGGCACUGUUCAACAUCUGUUUGUUGCUGUUCCUGGUCAUGUUCAUUUUUGCCAUCUUCGGGAUGUCGUUCUUCAUGCACGUGAAGGACAAGAGCGGACUUGACGAUGUCUACAACUUUAAAACGUUUGGCCAGUCGAUGAUUCUCCUCUUCCAGAUGUCCACUUCGGCGGGCUGGGAUGGAGUCCUGGAUGGUAUUAUCAAUGAAGAAGAUUGUAAACCGCCAAACAGUGAGAUCGGCGAGACCGGAAAUUGCGGGAAUUCGACAAUUGGUAUCGCAUUCCUGCUCAGCUAUCUCGUGAUUUCCUUCCUCAUCGUCAUCAACAUGUACAUCGCUGUGAUUUUGGAGAACUACUCCCAGGCGACGGAGGAUGUGCAAGAGGGUCUGACCGAUGAUGACUACGACAUGUACUACGAGAUCUGGCAGCAGUUCGACCCUGACGGCACCCAGUACAUCCGCUACGACCAACUGUCGGACUUGUUCGAUGUGUUGGAGCCUCCGCUACAGAUCCACAAGCCCAACAAGUUCAAAAUCUACUCCAUGGACAUUCCGAUCUGCAAGGGUGACAUGAUGUUUUGUGUGGACAUUUUGGACGCGCUAACAAAAGACUUCUUCGCUCGCAAGGGCAACGAAAUCGAGGAAACUGCUGAACUUAGUGAAGUGCAACCGAGACAGAACGAACCGGGUUACGAACAAGUCAGUUCGACGCUUUACAGACAGCGCGAAGAAUAUUGUGCGAGACUGAUCCAGAAUGCCUGGCGCAAGUAUAGACAGCGCACUGGCGGUGCUCCAGAGCAAGUGAAUGUCGAUGGGGCUGCCGGCGAGGGCGAUGGGGAGGUGGAGGUCCACCAAACGGCCGUUCUGGUCGAGAGCGACGGCUUUGUGACCAAGAACGGGCACAAGGUUGUGCUGCACAGUCGCACACCCAGCAUCAGCUCCAAGUCUGCGGACGUCUGAGAGCGGCCCCGCCCCUCCCCUACCUCGCCGUAGCCUGAGCGGCUCAGGAGGCACGUCUUUUUCGUCUCGGCUGUACGCCAGACUACCCUCACUGUUACAUCGAAUUCCAUAAGAAUUGCGUUCAUUGCGUUAAGACCGAGACUAAAAUCACGUCGACUCAAGUCUGUGCUGUGUAGUUUGGUGGAGAAGGUAUCGUAUAACUAGGUGUCAACUGCUUUUGCUGCUCAUAUCGCUAUCGUACUAUUUAACUAAUGGUUACUUAACUGAAAUCCACACCCUCAACCAGACAUAGUGUAUGAACAGUGAAUUUAACCACUAACUAGUCCUCUAUUUUCACACAGAUCGUUCGAUUAGAAUGACUGUCGUAAUUCUAGUCGAAUGCAAUGUGGCAAAAUGUCCCAGCAUUUGGUGCCACAUGUGAAAAUACCGACACUAGUCCGAGACAGUUGAUGUAGUCACUGAAUCCUGUUAAUUCGAAAUGUAGAGUUUUGGUUUCUGUUACCCCUCUGUGACACACUUUGACUUAAUGGGACGACAGUUAUUAUAAUUUUGCAGUAAAUCCUGUAAAUAGUCUUGUUGAAACCGGAACAGGUAGAACAAAGCUUGGCGCGAGCCGAGCAUAUCAUCCUGAGUCUAUUAGCCUUAAAAUGCCGCCAAAGCAAUCAUUUAGACUAAAAAUUUAGCAAAUUGUUAUUUGGGAGCAACCGUUCCCAAGUGGCUCCCAAAACUCCCCACGAUUUUAAGGAUAAAGAUUCAGGGACUUCCAAGUCAAAUUCGCGAAAAGUGUAUGAUUUUGAUCCGAUUCGGGCACAAAUUUAUUGAAUCGAGGAAUACACGUUUCGAGGAUUGGCCGCAAAUGUUAUAUUCUAAAUGGGCCCGAAUCAUCAGUUAUUUGUGAAAUUAUGGUGCUUUCUUCAAUUGCUAAUCUUCAAGCUAUCUUCACAUGCUACAUGGACCGCAUUCAAGGGAGGGGCAAAUGGGUUAAAAUUUGCAAAAAUACACAAAUUUUUGUACGCCUCAUGUAAAUUCGUAUGUGUGACAUUUUUGUGGAGCAACAGGCACACGGCAGUUUUGUAAUUAGUUAGCUGAAAUAGUGGUUGAUAUUUCAUUUAAUAAACACCAAAGCAUUUUAAGACGUGAUGGCACGGUUGUACAAAUUAUACUUCACAAAAUUGUACAUUAUGUAGGGCUGUUUAUACGUCAUCCUAAAUUUUGUAUCAUGGCUGGACCAUUAACUAAGUAAUAACGUGUCCAUCAUUUUAAAAUGUGUGGAAAAAUGUCACGCAUACCCUUGCAACAACUUUAUUGAUAAUGUAACUAGGGCAGGGGUGCAGCCUCUUGCUCGAAGUUACGCCACGCUGUUACAUUUUGUUAAUUAUUAAUAAUAUUAAUUGAUUGAAUAAUUAUUAUUGUUGUUAAAGUUUUAUAUGAAUAUUACGGAAUUGGUUAGUGUUUGUUUGACGUGGUUUAUUGCGUAUGUUAUUAUCAUUGUCAUCAUUAUAUUCCCGUAAUCUUUCUUGGUCCCACAAGCCAUUAUAAUAUAUGAUACUCAACCUGCUGGUAUCAGGCCUUAAAAUUUCUUGUACAGUUCUAGCCAUGAAUAAACUUUUCCUUAAAAACGCUCGUUGUUAUUUCAGAAUGAACGACCAAAGCUCAUGCAAACACUCACCAUUGGCGAAAUAAAGUGAUAAUGGAUUUAUUAUACAGUCGACACUGUGGCUUUUUAUUGGCGAAAUGUGGAACUGCAUGCCGUAAUAUAAUGUAUGAUCAUACGCACACAAUGUUAUUGUGAAACAGACACACUGUUUGCAGUUCAAGAAAAAUGCCAGUGAAACUACAAAACCGUUCCAAUAAAUCGUAUUUACUGAUACAGUGUGUUGUGGAUCAGUUUUUUCAUUACGUUAUUCAAGUGAUUCACCAUACACAAAAUGAGACACUUUGCACAUAAUGUACAUGCUUUUUCAUAUUUUUGCGCCAUGUUCAUAACAUGCAUGUAGGUACAUGUAACAUACACUUAGGCUUGAAUGAAUGUUCGAUACAGUGUAUCUACAUUUGGACAACUCAUACAUGUAAAGUAAUGAAUAAUCAUAGUAUUACAAUAUAAUAUAUACAUAUAAUUUUUCUAAGCAAUCGUUGUUUUAGGGUAGCCAUUGAUAUAUUAAAAUUUAGUUUGUAAGCUUUGCGAAAAUUAAAGCGAUCUCGAUUUA